GGCAGCUCUUCCACGGACCUGGGUAGCAUUCACUUGGCGAAUGGCAUUGUCCCGUCAAAACAUAUGGUCAUGACGCAUCUGAAUCUGGAUCGUCGGUCAGCUGGAUGAACAGCCCGUCGCCUCUUGGGAAAGCGGAGAGCAGAGAAGGAGUAUUGCGUGCCCGGUACUCGCUCUGUCUGUCAGUCAGUCGAGUCGAGUCGGGGAGGGCUUGUGAGCUUGUGAGCUUGUGAGCUUGGUGCGGCAUGGCUGUGGGGUCUGCGAGCCGGUUGGCUGUGAUUGGUCCGACUCCACACAAGGGGAUCCACCUAAGUAAACAAUGGACAAACAAGCUCUGGCACACUCCGAACCCCCUUCACACGAUCCAUCGGUGCACAGUCGCGCGUACGUCCAUCCCUCACACACAUCGUCACCACGACGCGGACCUCGCUUUAAACCCUGGCUUUCUCAUUCCACACCUGGCUCAAAUAUGCUUGCCCUACCCUGACAGCCUCGCCACCUUAUACCAAUUUUGCAUCGCAACACACGUAACACGUCUCGAGCCGGCGCCGCAUCAUGGCAAUGCGUCCGGGCCCGCCGCGUCAGGCCGUGGGGUCUACGGCGUGGUUCACAGAGGAGAGGUCCUCGGCGCUCCAGAUCGCGCAGUCCGAGGUGGAAGAGUUCGGUUACUCUGCGAGGAACGAGCUGGAAUGGCUCAACGAGCACAUGGCAGACGUCUUCUCCGAGAACCAGAUAAAUGUCGCCGACGUCUUCAAAACGCCAGGAAAGCUCCGUGGGAAGACCCCGAGGACCGUACAUAAGCCUAUCCAAAACGAAAAUAGAGUGCCCUUGUCAAACAUAUUCUCUUCGACGCCUAAAGGCGAACCGAACCCUUUCACAACAUCCGCGUUGCAUAUUGACAGAACCCCUAAGUUCCGAAUCGCCGAGGACGAUCCGGCUAGUCCACCCACACGCCCUUCUGUGGCUCGCAAACCCGUGCCCACGAAGCCCGCAAAUCGAGAACCAGUUGCAGUCCUUGACUCUGGCUAUUAUGGGAGCCAGAGUCAAGAGGUCACCUUCAAAAGUGACGAGUUGGUUGUGAAUGCCGAGCCAGUACCAUCGCAGAGUCCACAACGGACACUGGAACCGCAAAGACAGUCUUUGACGGCCCCCGGAGAAUCUGACGCCAUAGAUGACCUGGACCCGAACGACGAGAUUUUCGAGGAUCCCGCUGAGGCUGUCAACGCCACAGAGACAAAACAUACGAGAGUUACUUCGCCGGAGGCAGCGGUUGAUCAAGGAUUUGAAGCAGAACCAGUGCCUGCGUCAUCGCCCGUCAAUUUGCUGGGUCCCGAGGCGCAUGAGGAGCCACCAGUUCAAGCCUCGCCGUUGAGAUCUGAACCAGCUCGGCCAGAAGCGCCCGCCAUUGAUGAUGGUGGCGAGCAUAGCGUAGAGGGAGCUGCACCAGAACCCGCUGUAGGGGACCCAGCCGAGGACGAUGAAGUUGUGGACGUUACCCGAUCACCAUCCGAGGGCUCAAGCCCAAUACGACCUCCGAUUCGCAAGAGCAGUCUCAACUUUGCAUCUCUUCCUGCCCGCGAACCCAUGGCCUCUAACAAGAGUCUGGGUGGGCGGGUAUCACGAAUAAGCCACAUCGACCAAACCCGUACCAGCUUCUAUCCCAGGCCGACCGGAGGCAAGAGCCUAGGAAUUCGACAAGAAAUGCGCGGAGAUGAUCAUGACGCUGACGCGAUGGAUAUUGACGAGGAUGACAUGGCAGGAGCCAGCAGCAAAGAAAUCACUAUCACUGCUCACAGCAAAACGUACACCCAGAGGCUGCAGGAUCAGAUCAGUAUGCUCGGGAAAUCGCAGUCAGGUGGGCCGAGGCUCUCGAAAUCGAUACCGAGUCUUGUGGGCACUCAAAAAGCCGUGCCCAAAUCCCAGUCACAAGUAUCGCAGACCACUCGAGUGGACAUGGAGGUUGAUCAGACACCACCUAGGAUACAGCAGGUGACCAAAACUCCUGGAGCUUUCCCUGACGAUGACGAGGACGACUGGAUUGCACCACCCACCACAAUCCAAGCUGCCGUGCAGAGCCCUCGUCCCGCGAUCGCCAAAAGCUAUACUGCGGACGUGAUGGAGGGACUGCACGGCAAGAGUACUGUUGGUGACGCCGAACAACUCGCUGUCGCUCAGCACUCGUCACAGUUGGGCCGAUCGCAGUCGCCGCCCCAUCCAACUGCCGCCAAGUCAGACCUGGCUCCCUCCACCGUUGGGCACAUGAAGUCAGCGUCGGUCGAUUUGUCAAAUCACAAGUAUCUGACCGGAAUCUCUGAUUCCAACCUCAGGAAGAUUGUGUCGGCCUCGAAUCCUGUUUCGGUGACAACCCAGCAAAAUGACAUAGAUGCGCCCCCCAAAUCUCCUUCAAGAACUUUCCGCGAGAGUCCGUUAAAACACAGCGCCUUGAAACAGGUUAAGAACAAGUUUUCCUCCAUACUUAAGAACUCGAAAGGUCUGCUGGCAAGCAGUGCAGCAAUAAGCGCGGAGGGCAAAGCGUCGCUGGUAAAUUCGCCCUCGACUGUGAGAUUGGAAAAGCAGGCGACCACCUCGACCGACUCCCUGCGAGCCGGUAAAGAGCAAGAGCCUCUUUACCCAGAUCUGACGCGUCAUCCGUCAUGGGAUUCCCAACCUGCGCCGACAUUGUCAAGCCCAUCGCGGUCCGGUGGGCGCCGGACUCGUGCCUCUGCGGAGCGAGAUAGGAAGGAGCAGAGGCAGAGAGGCAGGGAGGACAAGGAAGCAGCCCACCUCGCCACUCAGCUGGAUAAACUUGAGAAGGAGCGGGAAAAGGAACGGGAAAAGGCGCGCGUCUUCAGCAAAGAACAAGAGAGAAUCGCGGCGGAGAAGCAGCUCGCCGCACAGAAGGAACUCGAGAAAGAUGUACGGACGCCAGCACCGAGGGGAGCCCCCAAGCCGACGCGUAGUAGCCCGCGAAAAGCGAAGACCCAACAAGCCGAUUCCAGGGCCGCGGCAAAGAUGGCUGAGCCUGGAAUUGUGGAUCAGGACACAGAGAUGACUGAUGCCCCCACGACGAAGGUGGCACCCCCUUCCAUUCCGCGCCCAACUCCUGGCUCGUCUUUAAGGAAUCAGGAGAUAAAACGGCCAUCUAGGCCAACGACGGCCUCCAAGCCGAAGCAGGCGCCCACUCUGAUACGCGUGAACACGUCGUCUCAGAACACCGGAUUUCACCCCUCCAACAGCAUCUUGGCCGCAACACUAGAGAGCACCCUUGGACCUUCUCAACAGCAAAUCAAGGGCAAAUCUAGCCAGCCCACAUUGCAGACCAAGGCGUCACAGCAAAGCUUCAACAGUUCUGUGAACUCGACAACAGGUCGUCCCAAGGCCCUAGAUCUUGCUGCAAAGCGAAAACAGCAGGAAGAAAAGGAAGCUCAGCGGAGGCGUGAUGCCAAAGCGGAGAUUGAUCGGAAACGAGCGGCUAUGCGUGAGGAGGAACGGCGCCAGGAGCAGGAGCGUCGGGAUAAAGAACGGCAGCAGGCUGCAAAGGAGGAGGAUGCCAAGAAAAAGGCACGACAGGCCGCGAUCGAAAAGGCGAAGCAGACCAGAGCCCCGCCGCCUGCUGUUCGUCCCCAGCCAAACGCCGCGCCCGAAUACAGCAGUGUCCGGGACAAGGCAGGCUUGCCCAGGCCACCGUCUCGCCUGCAGCACUCCACAGCCCACCGAUCACAGGAGGAUGUCAGCCGUCCGGUCAAUGCUGUCUUGUCAAGCACGACGAGCAUGUCACUGAAGAGGCCGCUCCAGCCUGAUGGCGCGGAAGACGGCACACAGCGACCAGCUGCAUCUCGAAGCGGCCAGCCGCAGCAAAAGGAGGUCAAGCGUAUGCGCAUGUCAGACGAGUUCUCCUUCGAAGACGAGGCAGAAAUCCAGUCGUACGGGACGAGCUUGAAAGGCCCGCCUGUCCGACCUUCAGCCGGUUUUAAGAAAGAUCUGCCUAACAAGCCACUGUACAGUGGCUACGCCCCUGCCGCCCAGGGCGCCACACGCGACAUUUUCAAGGCACCGGUAGCACCGCAGCAGAUCAACAAGUCUGGCCAUCUUCUCGACAUGGCACAAGUUUCCAAGGGUCCAAUACCGUUUGCGUCCAGUCACCACGCUGCUGGGGCAUCCCACAAGACCCCAGCCCGGCCAAAAAGCAUUGUGGCCACUAAAUCGGCGGCCAAACCGGCCAACCGAUCAUCGCCGCGCUUGCAAAACGGGGAAAACAUCGAGCUUCCGGAGAUCCAGACGGACGACGACGAUGACGAUGAAGAAGAAGACGAAGGGGCAAAGGCGACGGGAGUCGCCUCCUGGGCUGACACGCCUGCCCUUCGGCGCGAGCUUAUGCGGCAAGAGACGAUUGACCCACUGCAGGUGUUUGGGCCGCCAGCGCCGCUGAACAUGGAAGAGGUGUUCAGCAAGAGCAAGGACAGGUGGCAGAAGUUCCGGGCAAGGACGAGCAGCGCCAACUGGAGCGGGGCGGACCGGCUCACGGAAGACGAGAUCCGGAAGGAUAUUGCCGCGAGAGACCGAAUGAGACGCGAGGGGGGGUGGACAUAUGAACUGAGCAAGGACAUGUGAGGGCCGUAUGGGCUCAGCAGCCUCAAUGCGGACUGGGAUUGGUGCACAAGCGCCGUGGAAGGGACUUUGUCUGUCUAUAGCAUUGCUUCGGAGUUGGGGUAUGAUAUCGGCAUCAAUGAUGCUCAGGGCCUUGAGGACAUCGGUUGUUUACUGUGGCAUGAGAGCCUUUUGACUUGGCUUAAUUGGUUUCGGGGUAUACCUAGACUCACGAUCAUGGAGUUUAUGACAAUGUCAGCAUGUUCUUUACUCCCUGCAAACAAGGCCUACUAAAGGUGCUGUCCUUUUCGGAAGCGUAUGCACGAAUCAAUCACCGCAUAGAGAGAGGUACUGGCCAGAGAAGGACUGAUCUUCUGUGCCAACGUGGCAAGCAUGUCCAGGGGAACCUGAUACUGCUAUUUCCCACUGAGUUCUACACCAAAUGUGGCAACGACCAAGCGUACCAGAAUGCUGGAGAUUAAAGGUUUUGGUUAUGACCAGCUCAGUAUCUCAGGUAAACGUCACGGCAAGCUGUAGGCACACAGCACGCAAGCGCUCAGAGCUGAUAAAGGUACUUAGGUAUCAUCU